CUCAAUUCAGCUCCAUAAACUAAAAAAAAAAUUGAAUGAAUUUGCAGAAGAACCAUUUCGGGAACCGGAAGAAGUAGAUAGUGUAGGUCUGUAAGAGCGACAAAUUGAAGUGAAAUGGUGAAAGUAAGCAAACAAGUUAUGCAAAAAGCGUCGACACUAGUCUCCGACUUCCUCGUUUGCCCUCUCUCCAAACAACCCCUCAGGUAUUGCGAGGAAUCAAAUUCCCUUAUCAGUGAUGCUAUUGCCGUUUCAUAUCCCAUAAAGAAUGGGAUACCUUGCUUGGUUCCAAGAGAUGGGAAGAUACUUGAGGAAGAAGAUGCAUCAAGACCAGAUAAUGAUGCCAAUGCAUAUGCAGUAAAUGAAGAUAACAAGGGAAGAAGUUCCUAAAAUGAUGACUUGUGAGAGACGCUUAUGGUUUGAAAUUUAGUUUCACAGGGAUUAAGUUACCCUCUCUUCACUCUUCCUCACGUCUCUUUCUCCACAUGAUGAUCAAAUUCUUAGUGAACACGCCAUUGGUAUAAUUGUGCGUGACAAAGAAGUUAUCCUUUAACACUUUGGGGGGGACUGAAAUAUGACUCUUCCUUCUUUGAAACAAUUAUGAAAAUAAAUCUCUGUUUUCCCCUACCCUUUCACUAUUUGACUAUUAUUUGAUUUGUAUCUCUUGGAUGUCUCUUUUUAAUUUAAUGAUUCAAAGUUUAUAUUUCAUA